UUAUCAAAAUAAAAUAAGGAACUUCGUUAUUUUAUUUUGGUUUUAUACAUUUGAAUCACAAAUAACAUUAUUUCGCAGGCCCAUAUCACCUAAGCCACCUUUACCCACCCUCACUCAUUUCUGUUGGCCAAGCGUCAAUCAAAGAUAAGUACCAUUAGGAAAGCUAAGGCCUACUGAGAAACGGAAGAAAGUAGAAACUCAAGAACCAAUAAACAAAAAGGAAGGUAGGAAAAACUCGAACUCGGCUUGUGAACGAAGAUUAGCAAGGAAUGUGCUCCGAAACCAUCUGGGGUAAAUAACACAUGCCUAACUUAGGGGUGUUGGAGGCGAUCCUCCGGACUAACUCCGGUUAAACAGGGUCUAACUAGCAGUAUGUUGAAGUAUUCGUUUACGCUAAAUCCUAUCUGAACCAGAAAGGUGAGGGGUGAUUUAGCCCCUCUCUCAUAUUCUUACGCAAACAAGAAUUUUCAGCAGUGAUGCUCUUGCAUACAGUUGCCAUGGCAAAAAGAUUUUAAAAGAGUUCUCUUUAGACAACGUCAAAUCAUUGGCUACCUUGCCAAAUGUAAUCAUUACAAUUUUAAUCGUAAGAAACAUUUUGCCGUUGUUAAAAAACUCAAAAACUAUCUUUAGAAAUUGCCAACAUGAGGAAAGUAAGCUUUUACUUAUUAAAUGAUAUUUGAUUUGUUUUUAUUCAUCCUGUGCUUCUGAGUGGGAUAUAGGAAGGCAUGAGACCUGUAUCUAGACUUGCGCAAAAAAUCUUGUUUCUUUAGUGACAUCAUUGUUUAUGAUAAGCUGUUUUGUUUAGCUUUCGCGAAACCUACAUUAAAUUACGUUUCUGUGAUAUCUUAAGUGAAUCUUAAAGAUUUUUUUGCUAAAUAUAAAAAAAAUUGAUAAGAUUUAAAAUUUCAUUAUGACGUCAUGAUAUUUUGAUGGGUAUAAUCGUAUAGAAAUCUUAACCCUCUACUGCUAACCAGUCUGGAAAAAUGACGGGGGGGGGGGCUGAAUUAGCCUGAGGAUGCUCAAAAGAGCUUGGUCUAGAUAGGAUUAACCGAAAAUGCUGGCACUUACAAACGGGGUUUUACUCUAUACUUCAAAUUUAAAAUGAACGUUUAUUUCAGUUCGAUUUGCACUGCGACACUGAAGUAUACAGUUACUUGGCCACAUCUUCAGUUUUUAUCAGCUGGGCAUUUGGAGCAGUCGUUCUUGGUUGGGCGUCAGAUAGGUAUGGUAGAAGAAUCAAUAUGCUGAUAUCGACAACUUUUAUCCUUUUGUUUGGGUUCAUCAGCUCGUUCUCUCCAAGUAUUUGGUUCUACAUUUUUGCACGAGCAGUGUUUGGGUUCUUCAUACCAGGAACUUUUAUACAGUCAAUCGUUCUAAUUUCAGAAUUUGUAGGCCCAAAAUGGCGUCCAUUUGCGGGUAUAGCAAUUUGGCUAAUAUCUGCAGUAAGCGUUGUCAUCCUUGGUGUUAUAGCCUUCUUCGUUCAGACGUGGAAAACACUGAUGAUAGUCAUCACAGCUCCAUAUUUUUUCAUCUUGCUGUUUUUUUUGGCCAUUCCCGAAUCAGCUAGAUGGCUUCACGUGAAUGGAAGAAAUGACGAGGCUCUUGCAAUCUUUCGAAAGAUCGCUAAGUGUAAUGGAAAAGAGCUACCAGAAGUUCAACUAAAGAAGAUUGAAGACAACUGUUCCAGCGGAAUAAAACAUUAUCUUCACCUAUUCAAGCCUGCAAAAAUCGCAGUAAGGAGCUUACUCCAAGGAUAUACAUGGAUGGUGUGUGGCUUGGUGUUCUUUGGAGUUUCAUUUGGCGCCGGUGACUUGAGCGGCCACAUACACAGGGACUACAUCAUUACCAGCUUAUUCGACAUACCGGCUGCUGUUCUUGCAAUAUACCUUUGCAACAAAAUUGGAAGAAAGAAGACAGUAAUUAUUUCCAUGUUUAUUGCCGGAAUAUCCUGCAUCGCUGUCUCCUUGAUUCCGAAAAAGUCAGGGAGCAAACCAUCGGGUAAGUUUUUCACAAAGAUUUUCAAGCUGCAGCCAUUCUCAUACUUAGUUUGCCUCUAUAAAUAUAUAAAUGAAAGUGUACAAUUCCAGAUAGG